GCAAACAGGACCAAACUGUUCCUAACAACGGUGCUAAAUCCAGCCGAGAGGAGGUGAAGCGUUGCCCGUUAAGUGCUGCUCGGUGAGUGAGCUGGAUGUCCGACACGGGCUGUAGCCUCCUGCGGCGGGACUGAAGAGGAUGGGCCCAGUGUCCCGGUUUAUGAGGAGAUGUCUCUGGGUCGGCUCCUGCGGCGUGCCUCCUCCAAGGCCUCCGACCUCCUGACCUUUAACCCUGGGGCGGGGGGCUCGUCAUUACGCUCAGGCCUGGAUGGGGAGAUCAUCUUCUCCAAAAAUAAUGUUUGCGUGCACCCUGCAGAGCCCCUGCCUGGCCUGGCAGAGCACCACCCAGGCUACCUUUGUUUGCACAUGGAGAAGGAUGAGAGCCUGGGCACCACUCUGAUUCUGACUUGGGUGCCCAACUCCCGCAUUCAGCGGCAGGAUGAGGAGGCACUGCGCUACAUCACGCCCGAGAGCUCCCCAGUACGCAGGAACGCACGCCGCCGAGGCAGACGACCUCACUCCCGUCCCCCAGUGGCCCGAGAGGAAGAUGAAGAUGAGGAGAGGAACAAUACCAGCAGUACCUCUGUGGAGAACCACAGCCUUGUGGUAGAAGCUGGAUCAGAUGCCUCCUCGCACCAGCAGCAGCUGCCCUCAGCUGGAGAGGAGGGCGAUGAAGGCUCCUGUGAGCUGUCAGACGAAGUGAGCCGUGACAGCACAAUGGGGUCAGACUCCGACACUUUCUCCUCUCCCUUCUGCCUGUCCCCCGUCAGCGAGGCCCUCUGUGAGAGCAGUGGCUCUGUCUUCUUGGACAAUGAAAGCAGGGAGCUGUGCGAGGAGUCCAUGACCCAAUCUGUAUGCUCCGCCUCCAGCCUGGACAGCCACGUCCCGUCCGAGAGCGGCGGCCAGUCGCAUGGCACGCGGUGGGAGGAGCAGCAGAAGGUGUUGGCUCUGGAGCAGUUGUGCGGAGUUUUCAGGGUGGACCUGGGUCACAUGAGGUCGCUGAGACUCUUCUUCAGUGAUGAGGCGUGUACCAGUGGCCAGCUGGUGAUAGCCAGCAGAGAGAGCCAAUAUAAAAUCCUCCACUUCCAUCACGCUGGCCUGGAUAAGCUGGCUGAGGUCUUCCAACAGUGGAAGUGCUGCAGGGAAACUCAGCCUAAAGACCAGGUGUCAGAUGAGAAAUCCUGCAUGCAGUUUUCUAUCCAGAGGCCCACCCUACCUUCAGCUGAGACCCACCCGGAGGAGAGGCUUUAUCGGAGGUUGGAUGUCACCACCUGGCUACGUCACCUCAACCACAGUGGACAGGUGGAGGAGGAGUACAAGCUACGCAAGGCCAUCUUCUUCGGUGGUAUUGACCCAUCCAUCCGUGGCGAGGUGUGGCCCUUCCUGCUGCACUACUACAGCUAUGACUCCAGCUCCCAGGAGAGGGAGGCCUGGAGACUGCAAAAACGCACCCACUAUCAGGACAUUCAGCAGAGGAGGUUGUCAAUGAGCCCCGAGGAGCACAGUGAGUUCUGGAGAAAGGUUCAGUUCACAGUGGAUAAAGACGUGGUGAGAACAGACCGCAGCAACCACUUCUUCAGAGGAGAGAAUAACCCCAAUGUAGAGAUCAUGAGGCGAGUUCUGCUCAACUAUGCAGUGUUUAAUCCUGACAUGGGCUACUGCCAGGGCAUGUCUGACCUGGUGGCCCCCCUGCUCACUGAGAUCCAGGAUGAAAGUGACACCUUCUGGUGCUUUGUCGGCCUUAUGGAGAACACAAUCUUCAUUAGCUCACCACGGGAUGAAGACAUGGAGAGGCAGCUGAUGUACCUGCGGGAGCUGCUGCGUCUCAUGCUGCCCCACUUCCACCAGCACCUGACCAGGCUGGGGGAGGACGGCCUCCAGCUACUCUUCUGCCACCGCUGGAUCCUGCUCUGCUUCAAAAGGGAGUUCCCCGACACUGAGGCUCUGCGCAUGUGGGAGGCAUGCUGGGCACACUAUCAGACGGACUACUUCCACCUGUUCCUGUGUGUGGCCAUCAUCGUUCUGUAUGGGGAAGAUGUGACAGACCAGCAACUCGCCACUGACCAAAUGUUGCUCCAUUUCAGCAACCUCUCCAUGCAUAUGAAUGGAGAACUGGUGCUACGCAAGGCCCGCAGCCUUCUCUACCAGUUCCGCCUCCUACCCAGGAUCCCAUGCAGCCUACAUGACCUCUGUAAACUGUGUGGCCCCGGGAUGUGGGACAGCCGCUACAUCCCCACUGUGGAGUGUUCUGGUGAACACCCGGACUCACAGAGCUGCCCCUAUGGAGGCACCUCCACCCCACAGCCCGCCUCGCUGUCCCCUUCAUCCACACCCUCGCCCUCACCAAACCCCACGCCCGAGCCUCCACCGGAGGGCAAGAGAGGCGCCAAAACCCGGGAUAUUUUCACCUUCCGGAAACAGUCCUGAGUUGGAGGUUGUGGAGAGCUUUUGCUGGUCUCGGCUCCUGUUAAUUCAGCAAGGUUUGGAUCCAUGAGCUCGAUUCCUGAACUAUUUGCUGCAGUUCUCCCUGCUUCUAGUUUGCAGUCACUAUCUUACUGAGGAUUUUAUGUCAUUUGAUCCUUUCAUGUGGUGCAAUGUGGAAUACUGCCUUACCAGAAUGUCAUUCGCGACGUUCAGUAUCUCAUGAAUCUGCGAUAAGGACGGUUUGCCGCUGGACGGGCUGGAGGUCAAGAAGCUGCUUUCCCUUUGAAGCAGAAUGGACAAUCACCAGCCACUAUAUUGGUUCUAGUCUGCUGCCGGCUUGGCAUACUUCAAGUGGGCUUUGUGGGCAGGGGUCACAUCAGGGUCUGAGGCAACUGGCCUGAAUUCGUGAAGACUGACCAAAGGAUUAAAUGAAACUGGGAAUUCAUUCACAGGACUUGAAGUUUUAAAUAUGUUCCUGUGCUCUCACAAUGGCAUAUUUGUGUGAAUAUCAAAUUAUAUGUGCAUAUCUUAUGUCUGAGCAGACAUUUUUAAAAUGAAAUCCAAACCCUUGGCGUUAACAAAGAAGGGUUCAACCUACAAAUAGGAAUAUAAUAAAUUACUGGUACUUUUUAAGUUGGUUUAAUUUCCUUUUCAAAGAAGUGAAUGUUUGCGUUUGUAUGAGCAGUUACAAA